GAGGAGGCCGCCGGGUGCAGCUGUCUGUUAUAAAUACAGGCCGGAAGACAUGGAGCAACCAGGACAAACAAGUGGAGUGAUUAACCUGUCUGGUUUUGGAUAAUAACGCAAAGAGAAAUGCUGUUCUUGUCCAAGCUGCUAAUCAACAUUUAAGUUUCAUUCACUCACUGACGCACAAAAGCACUUUUCAUUUUGCUGACAACCCGCCAAAAGCAGCAACCAUGUCUCAUCGUGGACCCCUUACUGCGGUUGUGACCGCAGUUCUGGGGGUAACUCUAGGGGGGCUGCUGGCAUGGAGAAUUUAUAGCACUAAAAGACGGAGGCUGCCUUCCAAUCAGAAGGCGGUUGAACCUGUAGAACUGCCUUGUCCCACUGAAAAAGUUUUAACACCUGUGGAACUUAACACAUCUCCCAAAUGUUUGGAAGACGCAGUGGAGUCCCAGCCCACAAAGGCACCCCAGCCCACCAUGGCACCCCCCACAGUCUUGUUACCGUCAUGUGAACAGGUGUUAUGUGUGAAUUCGGUCACAGUGAGCUCGGAGGAGGAGUGGCAGCAGCUGUGGCCCCCAUUCCAGAAGGAGCUGUCAGAUUUCCCUGUGCUGGGACUGGACUGUGAAUGGGUAAAGAUCAACGGUGUUUCAGUGAAGGGCAAAGCAUCGGCGGUGUCCCUCCUGCAGAUGGCGUCGUACUCCGGACGUUGCAUCCUGGUGAAGUUGCUCCAGUUUCGAAAUGCACAGCAGCCCCUCCCCCUCGGCCUGAUCGAAGUGCUCCGGGACCCCCAUAUCCUCAAAGUCGGAGUGGGAUGUUACGAAGACGGCAAGCGUCUGACGCGAGAUUAUGGGCUAGCUUUGGCGUGUACGGUUGACCUGCGCUACCUCGCCUUGAGACAGAAGAAGGCUACAGUGAAUAAUGGCCUGAGCCUGAAGUCUUUGGCUGCAGAUCUGUUGGAUGUAACUCUAGAUAAGUCUCUAGACCUCCGCUGCAGCGACUGGGAGGCAGACCACCUCACACCAGAGCAGAUGUGUUACGCUGCUAGAGAUGCACAGGUCUCCAUCGCCCUCUUCUUCUGCCUCCUCGGUCUUCAGUCUGAGGGGGGUUCUGUCUCGCCCAGUGGGAGCUCCUAUGCAGAGCUGGUGUCCCGCUGCCAGGGCCUGCUAGAUGUCCCGUUCAGAGGCCGAGGGGAUGGAGAGGACAAGCCCAUCGACGGAGAGCGGAGACGGAAGACUAUUAGAAAACCGGCAGUCUACAUAAGCCCCGAGUCUGGAGAUCAACAAGUCCCAGACCCUCGACGCAAUAACAAGAGGAAACCACUGGGUGUAGGCUACUCCGCACGGAAGUCCCCUCUGUAUGAUAACUGCUUCCUACAUGCUCCGGAUGGACAGCCUCUGUGCACUUGCGACAAGAAGAAAGCAAAGUGGUACCUGGACAAAGGGAUUGGAGUGCUGGUGAGUGAAAACCCUUUCAUAGUGAGGCUCCUGUUUGAGCCAUCGGGACGUCCUGACUCACAACAGGAUUACUACCUCACUGCCAAGGAAAAUCUCUGUGUGGUUUGUGGGAAAGCAGACUCUUACAUUAGGAAGAACAUAGUGCCACACGAGUACAGACGACAUUUCCCCACUGAGAUGAAGGACCAUAACUCCCAUGACAUCCUGCUGCUGUGCACCAGCUGUCAUGCCGCCUCCAAUGUGCACGACGGUUUCCUGAAGCAGCAGCUGGCCGAUGAGUUCUCUGCCCCCCAGGGCUGUGAAGAGGGGGUUCGGCUCCAUGAGGACACGGACCGCCGGAGGGUCCGAUCCGCUGCCCGGGCGUUGCUCAGCGCCGGGGGCGGACUGCCUGAGUCCAGGAGGGUAGAGCUGGAGGAAAUGAUUAAGAACUACCUGAACAUGAAUCACGAUGAACCACUGACUGUAGAGACUAUCAACCAGGCCGCCAGUCUGGAGACCAGGAUCUUUAACGAGGCGUACAUACCUCACGGUCUGAAGGUGGUCCAUGCUCACGCAGAGCAGGGUCUAAGGGGCCUGAUGGAACUGGAGCGCCGCUGGAGGCAGCACUUCCUCAGCAGCAUGAGACCCAAGCACCUGCCGCCCCUCUGGUCUGUGGAUCACAAUCACAGCAAGUUCCUGCGCAAGUACGGAGCCGACAUCCCCAUAAAACUCAACUGAAGGUCUGAUAAUUUGUACCUGGGACCCAGAAAAUGGACCCAGAAAAUGAACUGAGGGCUAUGAUCCACCUGUCGAAAACCAGGACCUAGAAUAUGGACCUCAAUACAAGACUGUUGGACCACUAAGGAUAACGUGAGAAUCAUUGAGUUUCUUUCUGCUUUAAUGGACUAAAAUCUGUGUCAAAUUUGAAGUUAAAGAACUCUUGACACUUUUUUAUGAACACUAAAAUUAUUUAUAAAAAAGUAUUUGAUGUAAUUUAAUACUGCCUUUUUUAAUAUAAGCUGCUGCCUGCUUGGACUUCCCUUUUCCCUUAACUUAACUUCUGGACUUAAGUGCAGGUUUGCAGCUAGAAAGAUUAAAUCAUUUGCUUAGUUUGCUUAGGCUGUUUCUAAUGGCCUUUAAUGAAGUGCUCUCCCUGCUGGUGUGUUUUAAGUGUUAUGAAUGACUUGUCACCUCAAUGCUGAACUUAUCUUUGCCCUAUUCCACUAAAAGAUGUGUUCUGGUCUAUUUUUGAUGCAUUGUAAGCCAUUCAUUCAUAUUUUUAUGGGGAGAGACUGACACUAAAUUUGGCUUGUAACAUUGACCACAUACGUCCUGUUGCCUGCACCCCCUACUCUUAUGGGAUAUCCAAUGGCUCAUGUUUUAAUGUGCCUCUUAAACCCCAUACCUGAGGGAAUACAAAGCAGCGGGACACUACUUGUUGUCAUCUGAUCGCUUUCAAUGCAAUCUUUAAAAAAAAAGUAAAUUCAAUAUUUAAGAAGCCAGCUUUGUGUUUUUGGAAAUGUAUAACUUUGCCAGGUAGAUGCAUUUAAUUGUGAUCAUUCAAACUGUACUACUGUGAACCGCUGCCCUGUUCAUUUGUCUGACUGGAGCAGUUUUGUUUAUAAACGAAUCAUUUGAAAAUAAUAAAGUGAUGUUUGUAAUAUC